AGUGCCGCUGAGGGUGCGUGAGGGAAAAGGGGAGGUGUGUGUCGUGGGAUUUUGCGUGUGUUGUUGGGGCAGAGAGUGAGUUCGUGCGCGUGUGUUUGUAAAGGUCUGUGUCUCUCGGGGGGCGAAGAUGAUAGGCCUACAGGUGUUUUGGAUUCUUUGACUUGGUGUGAAAGAGGGAAGAGAGGAAGGACGAAAAAUAAACUGUGAUUGCAUGGGAGGGAGUGGGAAAGAAGGGAGAGGGAAUAUAGAAGAACUGGUGAUCCCCUUACGAAGAGUGAUGUUUCGAUGUUUUGUUUGAAUAUAGUGGUUUGUGGUUUAUUAUACACCAGGAGUGGACCGGCGACAGAAACCAAAACUUUGAAUGUACGCACGCCAUAUAGGGAGUCAGGAGUAAGCGUGGCAAGAUGAACGGACGCGGGAACAUGGUGACGUCACGAUUCAGUGUGAAGAACAGGGGCCAAGACUCGAGCGAAGAUUCGGACGGUGACGAGAUCGAAUUUGACGCCUGUAGGAUCAAACGCGACUGGGAAGCUGGAGAGGUCGGGUCUCUCAUCGGCAGAGGACUGAUCGACGAGAUGGAGAACGAGUCGCGAAACAUCCGGUUCUUCACCAAACUCUACACUUUCGCCCAGAUGCUUGGCAUCCUGUGCGUGGUGCUGGUGGGCGUCUGGAUCGGCAUCUACCGCGGGGGGUUCGGGUGGGCUCAGCCGGCGCUGCAGUUCAACUGGCAUCCGUUCCUCAUGGUGUUAGGGAUGGUGUUUCUCUACGCGAAUGGUGCCCUAGUGUACAGAGGAUUCCGAUCCGAGAAGAAGAAGAAGCUGAAGAUCAUCCACACGCUGGUUCAGCUCGGGACCUUCAUCUUCUCCGUGGUCGGGAUCGUGGCCGUGUUCGACUUCCACAAUGCAUUGGGCAUUCCCAAUAUGUACAGUCUGCACUCGUGGGUCGGUCUGUGUGUGGUUAUCCUGUUUGCCUGCCAGUGGUUGUCGGGCCUUCUGACGUUCCUUUUCCCAGGCUUGCGACCCUCUGUUAGGGCUGCUUACUUGCCUGUACAUCAGUUUUUUGGACUUGCAAUAUUUAUUGGUUCUGUAGCUUCCUGCCUUUUAGGCUUGACAGAAAAGGCAUUCUUUUCGAUGCCAAACUCGAAAUCAAAUGGUUACAACACCUUCCCACCUGAGGGCAUCUUAAUGAAUGUUAUCGGCAUUUUGCUGAUUUUCUUCGCCGGAUUAGUGGUCUAUCUGAUGUCCAACUCGCAUUUCCGCCGGCAGACUUCUGAAGAUGAGACCUUGCCUGUAAGUGUGUACUGACAUCUGCAUUGGAGCCAGGAGAACUGCAUGCCCUCCAUUUUUCAGUCUGCUGUAUUAUCGCUUUUAAUAAUAACAUUUUGGGAAGCUGUAUAUUGCCAUCAUUAUCAUCAUUAUUAUUAUUUCUAUAACUGUGGUUGUUUUUAUUAUUAUGGCUACUUCUUGUAAUACUAGCAAUCAUCUACUACUACUACUACUGUUAUUAGUAUUACUGUUAUCAUCAUUAUUAGAAUUGGUUGGUCUAAUAUUUUCUAUGCAGUGUGGUUUCCCACUUUGUGUUGAUUGAGAAAGUUUUUAAUUUUCUUAUGCAAUUAUAUUUAGUAUUGUGUAAAGUAAAAAUUCAUAAAAAGCUCUAUUAUACAUGACCAGUCUUGAGGGAAACUGUAUGAGAGGCCUUAGUUUUAAAUGAAUCAGUUAAGUGAAAGACGUAAAGAUUGUGCUGCUAUUAUGAAUGAAAAAGUGUAGAAAAAAAAAUCCUCAUCCUCCUCAAAGAAUAAUCACGUAAAUGUACAGAAGGGACAGUAACUAAUUAUGAAAGUGAAUGCAUUUUCCAGGGAUUUACUCAAAAUAUGGAGCAGGUAUCCAGCCUUUGCUUUCUAUUUAAUUUCAAUCACAACUGAAUGUAGUUCUGCAUAUCAUUUUAAAGAGCUUGGAUAAAACACACAAUGUUAUGUACAGUAGCAAAUAUUUAUGUAAACUUAAUGUUACUUACUAACCAUCUUUUUUAGACAGGCUACUAUAAAGGCCAAUAUAUUAUUCAUGUAGUGAGUAAAAUACAGUAACUAGAUUGUAAUUUAAAAGUAAUUAUAAUUUUAAUAGAACCGUCUUUCAGGCUGUAUUUUAGGGAACAAAGUGAGUGUGUGUUAACCAAAAUAUUACAUAAAAGAAUAAUGUGAAGUAUGAAUAGAAAAGGUAUAUUGUGCCUAAAGAUAUAUUUUAAAUGGUUGUAGAUUGUCAUUAAACACUGAAGGUCACAUGCAAAAGAUGACAUUAUAUAGAGUAAUGUAGUUCCUGUUCAUUAUUAUGUCCUAUUGUGAUUCAUUACUAACUUUUUUCCAUUGUGAGUUGUAUUUUUUUCUUUCCUUUUAAAGAUAUAUAUUUCUAAAAUACAUAUGAAUUUAUCUUAAUUCUCAUAGAUGUUCAAUAUUAUAUGUGCAUGCCAUAAAGUAUAUGUUGAUUCCAAA